UGCUUGACAUUUGGUUCGCCGCAGUCGAAAUUGACGUAAUUUUUUUGCAGUAAUGAGGGUUCAAAACAAAAUGAUUUUGUUAAGAUUUUUUAUACUCACUGCGAAAAGGUGGUUGAAAGAAGCGCGCGAUUGUGUCUAUUAGCAGAUGUUAUGACUGGUCGUUUCACGUGAAUACCUUCUCGAGCAGCGUUAUUAGCAUAGUUUAUAUUGCAAUUAUGCGUGCAACUCAUAAUACAAAUGUUACAGGAAGUCGAUAUACUGCAAAAAGUUAAUGCUCAUAACAAGCCAAUGUGGAUAUAAAGUGCGUAAAAGUGAAUAUUGUAAAUAAAUAAAGGAAAACGUGUUAGUUUUAAGCUUGAAGCCGGUGCUACAACAUUUUAUAAGCGUCCGAUAAAACUAUCUGCCACAAACUUGUUGGGAUUAAACGUGUAUGCAGCACUAAUUUUAAAUAGCUAUCCCUAUGGAUUUAGCAGCCAGUAGCAAUUCACGAUUCAGCGAUGUUGACGAAUAUGGUUUUAAACGUUCGGAUAACUUUGAUUAUCGCAAUUAUGAGCAAUUCAUGUCCGGUUACCUGAAGACGCUCACCAAGCGACGCAUGAAAUGGGAAGCUAUCCUGCAACGUAAUGCUGAUCUCACGACAAUCGAUAGUAAAUUGAAACGGUACAUACGCAAGGGCAUACCAGGUCCCUUCCGUGCCGAUGUUUGGAUGAAAAUUUCUGGUGCUGCUAAACUACAACAACGCUCACCCACAUUAUAUCGCAAUUUGUUGAGCGCACAUUACGAGAAAGAAAUCUGCGAUUCCAUAACAAUUGAUCUACCUCGUACAUUUCCCGACAAUAUUCACUUCGAUACGAAAAAGGAACGUCUCUUCAAUAUCUUAGUUGCAUAUGCGCAUCACAAUCGCGAAGUGGGCUAUUGUCAGGGAUUGAAUUAUAUCGCAGGACUGCUGCUAAUCGUCACAGACGAUGAAGAGAAAUCAUUUUGGCUGCUAAAACAUAUUGUCGAAAAUAUUGUACCACAAUAUCAUACAAAAAAUAUGGCUAAUCUACUACGUGAUUUGGCAGUAUUCAAGGAGAUGAUCAUAAGACGAGCGCCACAAGUUAAUCGGCAUAUAGAAAAUUUAGGCUUACCGUAUACUGUGAUAGCGAGCAAAUGGUUCAUUUGCAUAUUCGCUGAAGUGCUUCCUGUGGAAACUGUGCUGCGCAUUUGGGACUGUGUCUUCGCGGAGGGCUAUAAGAUUGUCUUCCGCGUCGCAUUAGCAUUAUUCCUUACACAUAAAACAGCAAUACUCGGCUGUGAUGAUAUUGCAGCAUUGGCGAAUUUAUUUCGUGAAAAUAUGAUGCAGGGUGACAUCGCCACCGACUGUCAUAGUUUUAUAGAAGCCAUGUUCAAGAUACGUUUGAAACGUAGCGAACUCGAGGCAUUACGCAAAGUGUGCGUAGGACGCAAUAAUACCUAAGCAGUAACCGCAUAUAUGCGUAGCAACUGAAAAUGCAUUUUUAUGCAGUGUAUUUACCGCCAAAAUUUCUAUAGCUAUAGGCUGUGUUGUACUUGCGGCUGAAGUUACUUAAAACACACGUGCCGUCUGGUCGCCUGUGUGCUGUUGGAAAACAAUUAAUAAAUUUUCAACGCCGCACUAUAGGCUAUUCUGCACUAACUAAACACUAACCAAUAACAUAACUACCUAAAUGUGUACACACACCGCACUAUAUACAUAUGAACACACUGCGAACAAAUAAUAGGCGAACCUAAAACCACACGACAGACUUAAAUGUUUAGCAAUAUUAAGUGUUAAAGAGAUUUAGUAAACAAUGUGAAGCAUUUGGAAAUUUUGCCAAGAGGCCACAAAGGUAUGGAAUUGCUUUCAAUCAAUGGAAAACUAAUAACAAUACGAAAAGUUAUAAUAGAAAAGAACGAAUUAUUUAGCGGUAAGCAGAUAUUAAGGCAUAACAUGCAACCAAACUACCAAAAUAAUACUAGCUUAUAUAUUAUACAAAUUAAAUGAAAUAUUUAUUUAAGUUACAAAUGUAUACACAUUUUUAUUAGUAUUUAGUGUACUAUACUAUAGUAAAGUGUAAAUUAUGCUAUUUAUUAUAUUUAUAUGUGUAUAAUAUAUAGUAUGCUUCUGUUAAGUUUAUAUGUGUGCUUGUGUGAUGAUGUUAAUCAAUGUUAGUAUGUAUGCUUGCAAUUGCUGUUUUCAUUUAUUUUAUAUAGUUUUUAAGUUUUUUGCUCACAAGUUACAUAAUUUUUCAUGCUUGUACUAGUUUUAAAUAGCUUAAAAGUUACGCUACAAUGCCUUUCAUGCAUGCUGCUUAUGCAUACAUAUUACUUAUUUUUGCAUUAAUAUAGUUGUGUUUUAAAGUUGAAUAAAUGCGAAAUUUAUUAGAAAAAA